AUGUCCGCCUUUACGGCAGCUAUUAAGGAACUCUGUGACACCUUCACCUCAAUGAAAAAUCAAAUGUCAGGAUUCACUAAUUCCGUAAAUAACUUCUCUGCGGACGUCGCAAAUUUCAGGGAGGAACUGUCCUCUUUAAAAAAACAGCAAAAGGAAACCGAGAACAUUAGAACAGAAGUUGUGAGCCUGCGGGCCGAAGUGGCCGAGCUGCGCGAUAUUAUUGCAGCCAAAGAACAACGUCAACUCCUUAAGGACAUUGAAAUUUCGGGUCGGCCGGAAUCUAAAUCGGAAAACCUUCGUCAAAUAGUCCAUGUUAUUUCGAACAAGCUAGGCAUACAAUUGGACCCCUUGGAAGUGGAUGAUGUCAAAAGAGUGGGGGCCCGCCGCGAAGGGGAACAACAGCGGCCGCGUCCCGUAAUCCUAACUUUUAUACGCCGUGCACCGCGAGACCAGCUGUUAAAAGCGGCAAGAGUUCGACGUGGCCUGACUUCUGAUACGCUUGAGAUCCCGGGGCCUGCUACUCGAGUCUACCUUAACGAACAUCUCAGCAAACCAAACCGCAUUCUCUUUAGCAAAGCUAGGAAACUUGGCGCCGAGCUCCGAUUCAAAUAUACAUGGACGUCAAAUGGAAAUAUUUUUAUGCGUCGCACGGACACCAGCUGUGACACACGUGACAUCAGAAGCGUUACUGGAAAAACUGAGCCAACAGCGCCGCCCCGCGGAGGAUCCACGCGCUGCUACAAACCCACCAGGCGAACUAACUUGCUCCUAACGCUACGGUCUUAA